AAAACAGGUUAGAUAAUUAAGUUUUUAUCUAAUUAAUCAUGGGUUACAGUCAUUUGUUCAAUUCCUUACGGAGUCUUAAAGUCCCAACAACCCGGUUACAUAAAUGUUUUGGCGUGACUAAGCGAGCGGCCUAUUCUGCGUUGGCCAACACAAGUGAAGCAAGAGUACACGUUGGAAUAAAUGAUCUUUCAGUCGGCUCCGAGUACGAAGGUUUUCAAGUCAAAUCGAUUCAAGAAGUGCAAGAUCUUGCCCUGACUGCUGUGCGACUCUCUCACCUGAAAACAGGGGCCGACUACCUGCACAUUGCCAGAGAAGAUUCCAACAAUGUUUUCUGUGUGGGAUUCAGAACUACUCCAAAAGAUUCCACUGGAGUCUCCCACAUUCUUGAACACACAGUUUUGUGUGGAAGCAAAGAGUAUCCAGGACGAGAUCCUUUCUUUAAGAUGCUCAACAGAUCAUUAUCGACAUUCAUGAAUGCCAUGACCGGACCAGAUUACACCAUUUACCCCUUUUCCAGUCAAAAUUCAAAAGAUUUUAAAAAUCUCUUGUCUGUCUACUUGGAUGCAGUAUUUUACCCUCAGCUUCGAGAAUUGGAUUUUCUUCAGGAAGGCUGGAGGCUUGAAAACGAAAACCCUUUAUCUCAAGAAACCCCUCUACAAUUUAAAGGAGUUGUUUUUAAUGAGAUGAAAGGUGCUUUCUCUGAUGCCUCUUAUGGUUUAAACCAACAUGUUAUGAGGAACCUACUGCCCAGCCACACCUAUGGAAACUGUUCUGGAGGGGAUCCUCCCAAAAUCUUGGAUUUAACCUGGCAGCAAUUAAAGGACUUUCAUGCCAAACAUUACCACCCAAGUAAUUCCAGGUUUUACACUUAUGGCAACAUGCCGCUGAAAGAGCAUUUACAAUUCAUCAAUCAAAACUACUUGAAAAGUUUUGAGAAAAUCGCUCCCAGUGAAGAAGUCCCGAACGAAAAACGGUGGAGCCAACCUCGACGAAUCAACAUCGAAGCGAGAGAAGAUCCCUUCGCAACAAAUCCCGAGAAACAGACAUCAGCUGUUGUAAGUUAUGCCCUUUCAGACAUCAACGACUUGUAUGAAACUUUCGUGCUGCAAAUCUUGGGCGAACUUCUGACUGGAGGUCCAAACUCACCUUUCUAUCAUAAUUUGCUUGAACCAAAUAUUGGCACAGGCUACUCACCCGUUACCGGAUUCGAUAGCCACACCAAGGACACUACCUUUACUAUUGGCUUGCAGGGCAUUCACAGCAAAGACGUGGACAAAGUGCUGGGUAUCAUCCGCUCUACAUUUGAGGAGGUUGCCCGAACUGGGUUUCCUGCUGAACGAAUUGAAGCUGUUCUUCACUCGAUCGAGCUGGCCGUGAAGCACCAAACUUCAAAUUUUGGUUUAUCAAUGGCUAUGAAUUUGACGCCACUAUGGAACCAUGGAAGUGAUCCAGUGGAAGCCUUGUACAUCAAUUCAAAAGUGGAAAAAUUCCGACAAAAUCUACAUGAGAAUCCCGACUACUUGAAGAAUAAAGUUCGCCAAUAUUUCAUUGACAAUACCCAUCAGCUAGUGGCAGUCAUGCAGCCGGACAAGGAAUUUGAAACCAAAUUAGAACGAGAAGAAAAAUCCAUUCUCGAAGCCAAAUGUCAGGGCUUGAGCGAAGAAGACAAGACUUUGAUUUUCGCUAAAAAUCAAGAGCUUAUAGCCAUGCAAAACAACGUGAAUGACACUGAAUGUCUGCCGACACUUCAACUGAGCGACAUUUCCACCCAAGCGGAGCGAGUGCAGCUAGAUACCGUGAAACUAUUGGGAGUUCCUGUUCAGGUGGCUGUUCAACCAACCAAUGGCAUCACAUACUUUCACGGUGUUUUGAACACUUCGGGCUUGCCUGAGAAACUUAAAAUCCAUUUGCCUUUGUUCUGUAUGGCUGCCACGAAAAUGGGUGCAGGCGACAUGGAUUAUCGUCAGCUGGAUCAACAGAUCGAGCACAAAACCGGUGGAUUGUCUUUCGGUUUACAUUUGACUGAAGGGCCCGGUUCAGUCCAAUCUUACGAGCAAGGAAUUGCGUUUUCAUCCCACUGUCUCGAUCGAAAUCUCCCCGACAUGUUCCAGCUAUGGCAGUCCAUCUUCAACCGACUCCGCCUGGUAGACGAAAACAGACUGGAGACGCUCAUCCGCAACUUGGUGGGAGAUUUGGGCAACAGUUUGACCCAUUCCGGACAUCAUUUCGCCAUGACUCACGCCGGAUCUUCACUCACACCGACGGCUCACUUGAAGGAAUUGGAUGAAGGAGUGACGUACAUCAGGCGGGUGAAGGCCAUUGCUGAAACCAAUCAAUUUGAGCCACUGUUGGAGUGUAUGCACGAAAUUGCCAAACAUGUGCUGGUGAAGAACAACAUGCGCUGUGCGCUCAACAUGACGGCCGAUUCGCAAGAAGAAGCUACUAAGCACUUGGAAGGUUUCGUGUCUUCAGUCAAAGGAUCGCCAAUCGACCAAGCGUUGUGGACUGUUGAUAGCGAAUUCCAACCAGCCGUCCAGCGCACCCAUUAUGUGUUGCCAGUUCCUGUCAACUUUACUUCCAAGGUAGUUCCUGGUGCUCCUUACCUAUCGCCAGAUUUCGCCCCGCUACGAGUUCUCGCCGGAAUCAUGUCGUCCAAAUUCCUGCAUCCUGAAAUCAGAGAGAAAGGUGGAGCUUACGGAGGCGGUGCCGCCGCAUCCGCCACGGGACUCUUUUCCUUCUACUCGUAUCGCGAUCCCAAAUCGCUGGAAACCAUCGACACCUUUGAUCGAGCCGUCGAGUGGGCCCUUAAGGCCAACUACAACGAGGAGGCGAUCAAAGAAGCCAAACUUCGAGUGUUCCAGAAGAUCGAUGCACCAACUCCGCCGUCUGGCAAAGGGAUGAGACUCUUCCUCAGUCACAUCAGCGACGAGCAAUUCGCCGCCCAACGCCAGCAGCUGAUUGAUGUAACCAAAGACGAUCUCGUCCGAGUUUGCCAAGAUUACCUUCGCCAGCCGGCCGUCCAUGGCGUCACCAUCAUUGGCCCCCCAAACGACAUUACAACGAGAGAUCCUUCGUGGAACGUUGAAUUCUCUUAAUUAGAGUUGUGAAAUUGAUCGCAUUAGAAGAAUGACUAUAGUUUUUGUUAACCCUGAAUCGUGUUCUAUUCCUGAGAACUGUUCCAAAAAAUAAACUCUUGAUUUGCACACAA